AUGUCGCAGUAUCCACCGCCACCCACCGCCGAUCAGCAGCAUUAUGCGCCCAUCUACCCCGCCGCCGCCAGCGCACAGCUGAUCGAGGCCGCCGCCCAAGGACAGCCGCAGCCCACCGAAGGCUUCAACUUCAGCCCGUCAACAAGUCAGUCGCUGUACGCCAAGAUCGAGCCGAGCUUCACCGACCCGAAUCAAAACCAGGGGCCUCCUCACGAUGGCGGGUACCCGGGUAACGGCGUGCAUGUCGACCAGCAGCAUCACCCCAUGUCCAUGCCGCCGCCUCCCCCACCCCAGGGCGUAGCGAGCGUUGGCCCGGAUGGCCAGCCGCAAAAGGCGAAUCGGUUACGGAAGGCCUGCGACUCGUGCAGCAUACGGAAGGUCAAGUGUGACGAGUCUGGUCCGCCGUGUCGCGCUUGCGCCGCGCUCGAUAUUCCCUGCACCUUUGACCGUCCGAGUCGCCGGCGAGGUCCCCCGAACCGCCAUGCCGAGGCCAUCAAGAAGCGCCGCCUUGAGGGCUCCCCGAACAACAUGUCUCCGGGCUCCCCGUCGUCCCCGACCAAUGCGGCGCAUGCUCUGGCUGCCCUGUCGACUCACCCGCCCCUAUCUGCAGAGUCUAUUGCUCCUUUGGAUACCAUUGAACAUUUCAUCAAUGACUAUUUCACCUACAUCCAUCCGCUUUGCCCCUUUCCUCACGAACCAAGCUUCCGCGAAUCUUUCAGGAGAAGGGAAGACUACAACAACCGCCCCUUCCUGGCGUUGUUGGCAUCGAUGAUAGCAGCGCUCGUUUCGUCUUUCCCCCGGAAACCUCGCCUAGUCCUGAAGGCGCAGGGCCGACAGGGUCUUUUCCCAAAUCACAUGAGCCUCAUUAACCGGUGUCAGCAAGUAUGUGCUGCGGCGAGAGGACCUGCUCUGCUUGAGCGGGAUGAUCUGACUGUGUAUGAUGCGGCAACCAGCUACCUUGUCGGCCUUUCGCACGCCUACAUCUUCCGUUGGAGGCCGGCACGCCUCUAUUUUGCCGAGGCGCUGUCUAUCAUAAGAGCACUGGGCCUGCAUGAUGCGAAGUCUGAGUUCUACAGGCCGCAAAAUAGUGCAAACGGUGACGCAUCCCGGGAUGGCAUGCCGCCGCUUGGGCCAGACUAUAUCACGCUCGAGAUGGGAAGGAGGAUCUUUUGGACUACAUUCGUAAGCUGGCGUUCGAUGGCGCAAUCCGGCUCCAUCCACGACGAACUUGUGAUUCUCCCGGAAACUCCUGGGAAGCCCUACCCACCGCUGCCCUUGGAGGUCGAUGACCUUUACAUCUACCCCAACCACAUCGAGGCUCAGCCCUCGGGCGUCGUGCCAGAGCUCGUUGGCUUCAAUGCCAACGUGAAGGUGUACCAGUCGUACACCACGCUCGCCACAACAGAGCUCACCUACGGCAUCAACGAGGUCUUUGACUGGGAGAGGCAAAGCAAGGUUCUUGAUCAAAGUCUGCGGAGUUCCAAGCGUGUCCUUGACGAACUGCCGCCGGAGCUGUCAGUCUGGCUGGAGGGAGCGCACGAGAACCAGGUGCCAAACCUGUUUGCGCCAGGCCAAGAAAUGCAGGGCAGGGAGCCACUCAUGCUUUUGGCGUUGAACGGCUCGGAGCAGAACUCUGAGGAGAAGCGAAAGACGCAAUAUGAGAUCCAGAAGGCGAACAUCUACCUCAGCCAACUGGCUACGCGGUCGUACAUCACGGAGAGAUACUUCAACAUGCGCGAUAUGAACAACCACACGAAGGCGCAGAACCAGGAGCAAAGCUCGCCUGCUGUUGGGGCCGCCGGGCUUGACUCGAUGCUGCAGCAGGAGCCCAGUCCAAACUACGACACGCUCGAUCACGACAUGACGACGGAGAAGGACAGGAUCGUCAAGGACCUGCUGCGGGUGCUGCAGAGCAUCAGCCAAAUCCACAUGGAGCCGAAUGCGGACAGUUUUACACACAAGGUUCGGCAGAUUGUAUCGACGCUGCUCAACGAGCCGCAAGACCGCAAGAGCAGCGUGGCGCUGCAGGCGGAGCAGUACCUGCACCACUUCCUCGAGAUCCUGGUGAGGCUCGACCGCGUGAGGCCCACGGAUCCAAGGAACCAGGAUGCUCCCGAGGACGAGGAGGCGGAGCUGAAAAACUGGGCGGAUCUGAGAGAGUAUCAACUCAAGAUCGCACAGGCGGGUGGAGCGUUAUCUCUGCAGGGGAAUCCUUGA